AUGCUGACGAGAUCCAAGGAUGGUUAUGGUGCGCCAGAGUACUAUCAUGACAGCCACCAAGUUGACGGUCGUCCGGGAAGUCAAGGUGUUUUCUCGCCGCCAACUCCAAGAUCGACAACGGAAGACGACUACGCGCCACGAUCUUCUCUCAGUGUACGAUCGAAAGCCACAGCAAGCCCCCCCCGAAGACAUGACAGUCCUCAACCAAAGCCGACGCCAAAGGCAAGGAAAACGAAGGCGGCCAAAGGGGAGAAGCCAAAAACGCCUAAGCUGACUGCACCGUUGAGUAUAUUGACCGAUAGCCAACACCACAUCCCUGUCAAGGACAUGGCGGCAUGGGUCAACCGACCAGCAGAGGUCAGGCGCAAAGAAGCUGAGAAGAGGAAUGGAUACAUCACUCGACCGAUGAACUCGUUCAUGCUGUACCGUUCGGCUUAUGCAGAGCGAGCCAAGUCGUGGUGCUUGCAGAACAACCACCAAGUGGUGUCGUCGGUCGCCGGUGAGAGUUGGCCCAUGGAGCCCCCAGAGAUUCGCGAUCGUUACAAUGAGUAUGCCAAGAUCGAGCGGAUCAACCAUCAGAGUGCCCACCCAACGUACAAGUUCUCGCCCAGCAAGGCAGCCGCGCCUCCGCGAAAGCGCAAGGACGAAUGGUCGGACGAAGAGCCAAGCGAUCUCGAGGACAGCGAGUGGGCGCCAAACUAUGGCAGACGGUCCAGACAGGCAAAGCGUUUCCAGCGGUCGAUCAGCUACCCACCCAACCUUGGUCCUCCAGAGUACAUGGAGAGGCCCUUUGGUUCCAAUGCCAACGGCAUGAUGAGGUCCUCCUGGGAAAUGACAAACGAAGGACGACCGAUGCCGAUGCCGAUGCAUCACGACAUGUACCAGCAGUACUACCAGACCGCUGUAUAUCCCAACGUACAGAUGGGUGCGCAGUACAGCGAAGACCUGCGCAUGCGAAGAGUAGGCAUGCCGGCUGCUGCACCGGCUCCGGCCUUGCAGUUCUCUUCCAACCAACUGUUAGGUUUGCCUGGUGGUGAUGCGAGCGAUCUGAUGAACCAACUGCAGCCUCAACUGGCAACGCCCUUUGAGGAAGGCCAAGUCGAUCCGUUGCUGUUGGCAUACGGUGGCGGUCACCGUGCCGAGGUCGAUCCUGUCAUCGUCCAGCAAGACUAUCGGAGCGGCUAUUCGAGUAUGAUGCCAGACGACAAGUACGACCAGCAGGAGAUUGAUCGCCUGUUGGAGAUGGAGCACGCUCACGACAGCUACCACUCCUCCUGGCAGUCCGACCCUACCAUGUCUUCGCUUGACCAGGAAUCCGAGUUCGACAAGUGGGUGGGAGAGCAUUGA